AUGACGAAGGUGCCGUCGGCAGAAGAGAUGCUGGCUCUCGUAGAUGCCACUACUGGGUCCAACGGGAUGAUGGAUCCAACUAUGCAAAGCCUAUGGAUACAGCUGCAAGAACAACAUGCGCUGAUUCAAGCUCACGGCCACGGGUCCCGCCCACGUACCGAUGCUAAAGCAGCUGUUAGUGAGUCUACCGGUUUGGAAAAGAUGAUUGAUUGUUCUGAAGUAGCUCAACUUGAGCAUGUAUCCAUCCCGCAAUCAGAACCACCAUCUCUAAAUUCGACAGUUAUGAAACGGAAAAGUAUUCCAUUAAGUAUGAAAAAAGAGGCUAUUGAAUGGAUUAUGGGUCCUGGAAAAGGAAUCCCAUCCCGAGCAGAGAAGCAUUUUGGAUGGGACGUCAGUGCUUCUUCGUUCCGCAAGUGGUGGAAGAAUCGAGACAGUAUUUUGAAAGACUUGGGGAGCAAAAAACGUAUCCGCGGAGGAGGCCGAAAGCCAUAUUUGGAAGAUUCGGAAGAAAAGUUACUGGUAGUGCUGAUCCAAGAACGAGCCAAGAAAGACCGAGUGACUAGAAAGUGGAUCGCCAAGACGGCGCAGCACAUGUUUCAGCGCUCCAGUACCAACUUUAAGGCGUCCGAAAAUUGGGUCACCAAGUUCAUUCGACGCAACAAACUUACGCUCAAACGAAGCUGUGUCGCGUGUGAGCCACAACAAGAGUGCUUGGAAGUGCAACAGAGUGAGACUUUGCCAGGCUCUUCUUCUGCGGUAACUCCUGAAGCGACCACCACCACUUUGGUUUUGUAA